GUUAAUAACAGGGCCUGUACUAGAACUCAGUUGUACUGACUCCUAGUCCUAGUUUCCUGCUCUGUUCUAGAAAUUAUAUUCCUUACUAGAAAUCUCCACAUAUUUUCAUGAAAGUAUAUAAAUCUCUGUGCCUGUAUCAGUGAGCAUGCAUGUAAAUGUCUACGUGUCUAUCUGCAAGUAUUUGUAAAGCAUAUCAAUGGGCGUUUAUGGCCUUCCUGCUCGAGAAACCUCUAGGUAAUCCAGUUCUCUAUGUCAGCACCGGCAGCGAAGUCAGAACUCUGAGUGAAUUAUUAACAAGCAGAAUUAGCCCUUUCUCCAAUUAGCUCUAUUCCUGGGUCUUCAGAAACUGGGGCAAAAUAAUCAGGGUGGAAUCAGAGUCUCUCAGGGUCAAACUUGGUUCCAGCUGCAUGCGGUGAAAGCAACUAGAGGCAGAGCUAUCAAGGGCUGUGACAGAUGAGCAGUGGUCUAUCUGCAAUGAGCAUGUGCUCAAGCUAACAUGGAUACCAUCUUGGUUUUCAGUCUAAUCAUUGCAUCCUAUGAUGCCAACAAGAAAGACCUGAGAGAUAGCAGUUGCCGAGUGGAACAGCUGCCUGGGCUCUUCCCAAAGGACGUGAGAAGCAUCAGAGAAUUGCAAAUGCAAGAAACUCACACAGAAACCAAAAGGACAACAUUCAUUCAAAAUCAGACUAUAGCUACCUUGCAGUGCCUUGGCUCUGGCAGCAAAGUAAAAGUCAACCUUGUAUAUUUGGAGAGAAGGCCAAAGGUCAAGCAUAUUCUGAAGAACCUGAGAAUCAUUGCUGCUCCCCACAGAAACAGCUCUGCCUCCUCAAGCUGUCACCUAAUUCCCACAUCCAAGUUUCAGACUGGAUCUCUACUAACAGGCAAAGCUUUUUUACCAGGGAUCUCACAAUGUAAAGUCUAUGCAGUGAUGGGGGCUUCAUCAGAGACUUUUUCCACCACUACCCCUUCUAUAACUCCUGGGAAUAAAGAAGAGAAAACUACAAGUACUGACACAGAUGAGAACCUAGAGAAGAGACAGAAAUGGAGUAUUGUGGUCAAAAUUCUGAUUGCUGUCACCCUGUUGCUCAGUGGAGUUGCCAUUAUAGUAUUUGUAAUUUUUGAAGUCCCAUGCCCUUGUCAAUGCCUAGGAGCCAGGGAACUGUGCCAAUGCCAGCGGUUGUGGAGAUGGCAAAGGAAGGGAGGCCAGCCACCUGGGACAGCUGAAUUCAAGCUUGACUCUCAGCCUCAGAAGGAAAGUGUUGGACGAGAUGCUGCCAAUUCAUCAGACCCAAAGAAAGCUGCAGGGAUCACUGUUAUCCACCAGACAUACUUCUAAAAAGUUCUGCUGUAUCUCAAACACUGAAUGAUACUACACAGUCUUCUCCCUAUUAAUAUGGGCACAUUCUUGCCAAUUUCACACUCAUAUCUUCAGCAGGGACAUUACAAUCAAACACCAAUUCCUGGUUAAUGAAGGGACAGUGUGGGCUUAGCAGAGUUACCCUCAUGCCUCUGUCUGAGCCACAACCUUCUGUAAUUCACUUCACACAUCCAUCAAAAUGGAUAUCUUUCCAUCCCCUCAGAUGAGAACAAAAAGCGUUCCCUUCAAGCACUGUGAAUGGACCUUAUUGCUCUCUUUGACAGAAGACUCAAACAUAGCCUCCAAGGAACAAGGCAGCUGUUAGUGGGACAUAGCUUCCAACUCCUCUGUUAUCUUCACAGCUGACUUCACGCUCAUUGGUCCUCAACUAGCUUACAGUGGGACUCCUCAUUUCCCUGGUUGACGUUCACAAGGUUUUGUAAUUUAGCUUCUGGUACUACAUGUACCUAUCCACUGGUAUUACAUGUACCUAUCCACACAUUGCUGAAGGAAACUUGACCCUAUGUAUUCCAAAUGUCUUCCUCAUAAGUUAUCCCCAAGGGGUUCAGGGACUACAGACCAUUAGUAUCCAAGUGAAGUUUUCUGACGAUCCAGAAUUCCUAAGGUGGCUCUGAUGUUAUAUCACACUUUAACAGAAAGCUACAUACCUUUUGGACAAGGAUUCCAAAGCAAAAUAAUUAUGAUAAUGCUGUUUCUCACAGAAGCAUAGCUAUGAGUCAAAUCUAACCUGCUUAAAUAAGAGUUCGGUGAGAAAGUGAAAGUGAAACCACCUGAUCUUGAAUCAAUGUUCAGGUGAAAAAGGAAAUGUCAGGAGGGAUAAGACAGGGUGAGGCCCUGCUUCUUUUCCUCAGAGUCUGAAACCGUUCCAUUUCAUUUUGGUGAAAUGUGUCUGUUUCUAAGUAAUUCCGUUUUCUUAGUUCUCUGGAAAACAAACAAACAAAACAAAACAAAACAUAAAACUGUAUCCUUCUUUCUUUCACUUCAAGUGCUGUCCAAAAAGUGAUUAUCAAAACAAUACCAACAGGGGAAAAUCUCACCCUAAGGCUCGAUUUAAUAUUCAAGUCCAGUCUGAAAGAGACAACAGAUACAAAGCAUGGAUAAUGAGGACGCGUUUCAAAGAAGCUCCGAAGAACCUCUAGGGUCGGGCGCGGUGGCU